GUCCCCCCUCCAAGCCCCCCUCCCAAAGACCAAAAAGGGGUCGAAGACUUCAGGACUCCUGUGCUAGGCUGACCCCCUGCGGGCACCAGGAUGCUGCCCCCCUGCAGGGAUCAGCGGGUGAGACCCCCAGCCCCGAGCCGGGUGCUGGCCCCCAGGAGCCCCAGCGUGGUCCCGGUGGGCGUCUGGGUGGAGAGUGCCCUGGGGCAGCCCCAGCAGAGCCUGGCUUAUGUUUCAGCAUUGCGAGUGGAGGAGGAGCUGAAGAAGCAGGAGAAGGAGAAGGCAGCCAGGCUGAGGUGCUUCCAGGUAGAGGUGAAGCGUCGGGUGAACCAGCAGGUCAGGCUGAGGAGGAAGCAGCAGCUCCAGAGGUCCUAUGAGGCGGCGGAGCGGGAGAGCUGCGUGGCUGCGCAGUACGCGGGCUCAGGGCUGGGCAGGAGCCCCAGGAAGGACACUUGUCUCUUCAGGAGCCACCCCACACCCACCAUCUGCUGCCCCAGCCCAGCUCAGCACCACGGGAUGCAGAGUGAGCCCUUCCAGCAGCGAGCCACCCAGCUGAGUAAAGCCAUGAAGCAGGUUCGGCGCCGGCUGGUGUCCUGCAGAACCAUCUCAGCAGGAGCAGGUCCCACCCAGCUCCCUGGUGGGCUCUGGAGGAGAGAGAAAGCAGAGCCUCCCCUGGAAGAGGAGAGUGAGGAGCUGCUUCUGGUAGGACAUCAUGAUCUCCCAGCAGAGCUGCAGGACCAGGACGUGGCCCUGCCUCGGGCUGAGCAAGAGGAGGACUUCUACAUCAAAAUAGAGUUUAAAAAAUCCUGGGAUGGGUCAGUGAAGGACUCUCACUCACCUGAGUCUCCCCAGAGGCCCCACACUUAUGGCCAAACUCCUCUCAUGCUCUGGGCUGGUGCAGACCAGGAGGAAACCAAGAAGCAGCGUCAGAGCGAGUUCCUGAGGCACAGACGCCUCUUCAUGAGCAUCGAGCGUGAGCAAGUGAAGGAGCAGCAGAGGCAGAGGGAGAGCCAGAAGAGAGUCACUGAGAUUAAGGGGAAGAAGGAGAACCAGCGGCGGGUGGAGGAGCAGAGGCUGCAGGAGGCUGCUGACCAAACAAAACUCCCCCAGGAAGAGGGAAUCUGGGAGGCCCUGGCCCAGCAUCAGCUGGAGGAGAGGAGAGUGAGGAAGGUUAAGGAGAAGCAGCAGCAAAACAAGGAGAAUGUGAGGUACAUUGAAGCUCUGAGAGCCCAUCUGAGGGAGAAGAUCAAACUCUCCAACAUUGAUUUGCCACCUCUGUGCUCCUGUGGGUCCAAUUUCUGGGACUCCCACCCAGAUACCUGUGCCAACAACUGUGUCUUCUACAGAAACCACCGAGCUUACAGCCAUGCUCUGCAGUCUCUGGUCCUCUCCUGCAUCCCUGCUGCCCGCAGCCCCACGGCUCGGCUGCGCCUCCGGGACUUGGCUGCUCUGUACGCUCGCUGGGGACAGCACUUGUGAGGAGGGGGACAGGGGUUGUGUCCUCCCUGGAGAGCAGGGGUGUGCCCUGUCCCCCUGCUGCAAAGCCUCAUCCUUCCAUGGGGCUGGUUUAGAGGCAAGUGUUGAGUUUCUGGCCUUCAGAUGUGGAAUAAAGAGUUUUCAAGUGUUGAGUGUCUCCUUG